AUGGCAUCUGCUGAUGUGAGAGAGACGCUGCAUUGCCUCAUAUGCACAAACCUUUAUACAAACCCUGUAACACUGAGCUGUGGCCAUAGCUAUUGUCAGGAGUGCAUUCAGAAGACCUGGGACAACCAGGAUGAAGAUGAGGCUUCUUGCCCGGAAUGCAGAAGAAGGUUUAAGCGGAAGCCUGAACUUCAGAAAAACAUAACUCUGUGUAAGAUUGUGGAGUGUAUCCUUCCUUCUCAGAAUGAGGUGCAGAAGCUUGGGAUCACGUGCACCUACUGUACUCAAUCUCCUGUACCUGCUACUAAAUCGUGUCUGCUGUGUGAGGCUUCUCUGUGUGACAUUCAUCUGAAAGUUCACAGCAAUUUAGAAGAUCACAUCUUAACUGCACCCACCAAUUUGUGGGGUAACCACAAAUGCUCCAUUCACAAAAAGUUGCUGGAGUAUUACUGCUCUGAUGAUGAGGUCUGUAUCUGUGGGUCCUGUUCCUUAUUUGGAGAGCACAGGGGACACCAGGUAGUGAGGGUGAAUGAGGCUUUGGAAAAAAAGAAAGAUAAACUCAGAAAUGUUCUGCAACAACUGACUUCAAAAAUGAAGAAAAAAACAACAGAAAUGAUCCCAAGUCUGCAUCAACAUUACAGGGAAGUACAGCAAAAAUCAGCUGAUAUAACAGAAAGGGUUAUUACUCUGUUUGGCGACAUUAGUGAGCAGCUGGACAAAUUAAAGUGUCAAGUCUUAAGUGAGAUCGCCAAACAGGAGAAGGAGAUUUUACUCCAAGCCUCUCAUCUGAUCCAGCAGCUGGAAAUAGAGAAGGAUGAGCUGAUCGCUGCAAUCCGUCACAUCGAGGAACUGUGUAACUUUACUGAUCCAUUAACUGUCCUACGUAAUCAGAAAUUACAUUGUAUCAAGGAGGACAAAGAGAUGGCGGUUGAAAGAGCUUGUGCUGUAGGUGAUAUGGAUGAGCGUUUAAUAUCAGAAAACUUGUGCAUAGGCAUAUUUCAAAUUGUAAACAAUGUUAAAGCAAAAGAAGAUUUCUAUCUGCCAGAAGUAUCAAACAUUUUACUAGAUAUACAAACAGCUGCUGACUACAUUGAUGUAAAAAGUGACUUAAAAACUGCCUUUUGGUCAUAUGUAAGACACAGACCUGAAACACCAGAGAGAUUUAAAGAUUAUUAUCAGGUUUUAAGCACUAAUAGUUUUGCAUUCGGACGACAUUACUGGGAGGUGGAGACCAGUAAAUUAGAGGGGUGGAGAGUAGGAAUGUGCUACUCUAAUAUUGACAGAAGAGGGGAUCAGUCUCGAAUUGGGUGUAACAACAUGUCCUGGUGCUUGUGUAAGGGGGAAGACUUUGAUAUAGACAAUUGUACACUUUCUGCUGUACAUGAUUCACAAGCAGUCACAUUACACCACACCUCUCCCUGCCAGAGAUUAGGAAUAAUGCUGGACUAUGAGACCGGCCGUCUGUCUUUUUAUGAUCUGUGUGACUCAGUCAGACAUUUGUACACCUUUACUGCCACCUUUACUGAGCCUUUGUAUGCUGCGUUCUGUGUGCACUGGAGUGGGUGGAUUAAAAUCAGGAACUAG